UCGACAACAGGCCGACGAUAGUACGCACACAUUCUUUGAUUCGGCUCCGAGCCAAACGUACAAACUCCGUUGUGUCCCGCACCACGCGGACUUACAAGAUCACGUGCUUAACUCUAUCAGCGAAUUUCUUUGAUUUAUUACAAGGAAAUGGAAUUUAAAAAGAAUAGAAACCAUAGUCAUAUAACAAGACUUGAAGGUUAAGCUGCCAACAAAAUUGAAGUUGGGAUUUAAUAUGAACAACGCUAUUGGGAUUAUUUUUACUUUACUUGUUAUUAACGGCGCCAUAAUUAUAAAAUGCCAAAUUCAUGACACAGUUGAAGUAUUGCCGGAAUUUUAUGCUCCGCUAGAAAACUGGACAGUUACUCAAGGAAGAGAUGUCUCUUUCACGUGCACAGUUAACAACUUGGGCAGUUACAAAGUAGCAUGGAUCAAAUCAGAUUCCAAAGCUAUUUUGGCAAUCCACACCAAUUUAAUCGCUCACAAUCAUAGACUCGCUGUUACUCAUAAUGGACAUAACACUUGGAAAUUACACGUGUACAACGUCCAAAAGAAUGAUACCGGAAGUUACAUGUGUCAGAUAAAUACAGAACCAAUGAUUGUUCAGACCGGAUACUUAGACGUCCGGAUACCCCCAGACAUCAUCGAUGAAGACGACUUAUCUGGGCCCGGUAGUUCGGCCAUGGAAGGCGGUACUGUCAGGUUACGUUGUCGAUCGACAGGCAAACCCGAACCUAAAGUUUAUUGGAAAAGAAAAGACAACCGUCACAUCAUAAUUCGAUCAGACGAAACAAAAAAAAAACAAGAAUCGGCGACUGUGAAAGGCGAUACUUUGGAGCUAAAUAACGUGCACCGAACAGAUAUGGGCAAAUAUUUGUGCAUAGCUAAAAAUAACGUGCCCCCCACGGUCAGCAAGGAAUUCAACGUGCAAGUACACUUUCAUCCUAUGAUCAAGGUGACCAACCAGCUGGUAGCCGCGCCUAUUGGCAGUAACGUGCACAUUCAGUGCUACGUAGAAACUUCACCGAAAGCUAUGCACAGCUGGGCCAAAAUUAAUGGUGCUGAUCUUAUACCAAGUUCAAAGUACAAAAUAACUGAGACGCCAAUUAACGAGUAUUCAUUGCAGAUGAACCUAAUAAUUACCAGUCUUGAACCAAAAGAUUUUGGUGGUUAUCUUUGUAUAGCUAAAAAUGCUCUAGGUAUAGCCGAAGGGUCCAUACGUUUACAAGAACUCCAUUUACCAAGUAUACCAACCAGUUUAGAAACUCCAAUGGAAUCCGAAGAAAAAGAGGAAAUAGAGGAAGAAGAUAAUAUCAAUAAUUGGGUACCGUUAGAAGAUUUUACAACUGUGUCGUCUAGUCGUCAGCCAUUGGAUUCUCAACCUGAUUACGAAGUUACCACACUAAUGACUACUAAAAAACCUACGUCACAUGGUACAUGGCAUUACGACAAGGGCAAUCGUCACUUAACAGGUGGCAAGAAUAAAGCCUCGCAAGUACCCAUAAAUUACGACCUGUUCUACAUGGUCAUAGUGGUGAUUAUACUUCGAAUCAAUACAACCAGAUGAACGUAGUGUUUGGUAUAUGACUGAUUGUUAUUCCUGUAAAAAAAAUAGACAAUAAUCAAUAAUUUUAUUUUAAAUAAUGCAGGUUUUGUUAAUGCGUAGAUGUUAAAACUUUAAAGUUAUAAAAUAAGUGUAUAAAAAACAAUCAUUAUGCUUGUUUUCUUUAUUUUAAUAUUCUAUUCAUUUAUAACGAUAAAUCUUUAUGACAAUUAUUUUUCAGGUAAUUAUUACCAAAGGCAGAUUAAGAUUUUUCUAUGGUGGGUGUUAAUAUAAAACAUUGUUUUCAGUGGCAAAUCAAUAUAAUUUUUUUAAUUUAUUGAACUUUUUUUUGGUUUUCUUACCGAUUUUUCUAUACAAGUCUCAAGGAACGCCACUACAGUCUGAUACCCCUCGCUAGAUCCGCUAAUAAACAAUACUGCUUCCAAUGUCAUAGCUACAUUCUUUAGCAACCCUAACAAAAAAUUAUGAUUGCAACUAUUUCAAGAUAUAAAAAUUGUUUUUCUUAUUGUGAAAAAAAUAAAGUUAUCUCAAAAAAAUGUAUUUUUGUGAUUUAUAUAAAAUCAAUGUGUCAUCAUAGUAUCAUACACUGUAAAUUUAUGCAUCCUAAACUUACCUACAUCUUAGGUAUAAUUAUAUGUAUCAUAAUUUUGUGUACAUUACACUUAAUAAAUUACAAGUCUUCCAAAAAAAAAUUUUUAGAUUAUAUAAUUUAUUUUAAGUGCCAAUAAAUUAUACGUAUAAAACUCGCUUAACUUUUUUAAUCAAGUUCAAUAAGUUAUUUUAAUAAGUUAAAAAUUGAAAAUUAUAAUCGUAGUUAAGCCAUGUUAGUAAUUGGUCUUUAGAAAGCGCAUAACAGAAGAUUAAAUGCUAUCAAUUAAUUUUUAAUUUAUUAUCUACUUUUUAGAAUACAAAAAUUCAAGUGAAAUUUAUUUAACUACAUACAAAUAAAAACUUUUUUAAUAUAUUAACAAAUAUUCACAUUAUCAACUUAUUUCGUUUUAAGAAAUUUCAUUCUAAUUGUUACAUGAAGUCUUUAGAUAAUUUUUCCCUAAAAAACUACUUAUACAGUAGAAAGUGGGCAAUACAAAUUUUCAAUUUAACUAAAAAUACCACAUAACUAAUUUAUAUAAUUUGAAUUAUACUUACGAUUAUCUUUUUGUAAUAUUGAUUUUUUUCAUUUUAAUAUGACAGUGAUAUUUUACAACAUUUAAUACCAGGGUUAUUUUUUUUGGA